UCAACAUUUCUAUACUAAACUUAUUUAUUGUUUUAUUUUUUACUUUAGACAAAGUUUAGAGUUUACUUUAGUGAGUAAGGCAAAGCCCAGUAGAGAUAGAAAGAUUGCAGCCGCCGUCGUCUUCGCUUUCGCAAUUUAAUUCAGUUGGUGAUGAUAAGAAGCUCCUGCAACAAAAACAGUGCAAUUUAUUUCGUUCCAACAAAGAGUAAACAUUUCAAGAAUCUUAUCUUUAUCCCGAAAACAAAAGAAAAAAAGCAAGUGGAAAAUUACUGCUGAGCUAACUCAGACUUAAGUUUAUGAGAUAUAUUAGUCGGAGAUUAUUAAAACAUAAAAACGCUUGCUUCCAUUCCUAAACUUUCUCUUUUUGAAAAAAAAAAAAAACAAAACAAAAAUGUCAAGUGGACACUUAAUAAAAAGCCAUUUGCAAGAACCUCGGUCACCUCCGUUCUGCGAUUGUCCAUUUCCAAAAUGUACUGCGAUAACUGCGUUCAAGGGAAACAUCCCCGAUUUGGUUACCUGCCGUUGUGGUGAGGAAGAUUGCAAUACCAUGGAAUGGCAAUGGGAUCAUAGUGAUCCUGAAAAAAUGAUACAUGGUCCGGACAUAACUUUCCAUCCGAUUUAUAGCCAAGGAACGACCAUAGUUCGUGGCGAUAAACCAUUGAAACCUCAAAUGGUGCAUUUUUGGGAAAUAAGGAUAAUAACAAUUCUUUCCGGAACCGAUGUGAUGUUUGGAAUCGGAACGGAUAAGGUAAAUGUAGACGAAUUCAAGCAUCACUUCGUUUCAGCUUUGGGCACAAAUAGAGAAUCAUGGGGAUUUUCAUACAACGGUAUGAAACAACACAAUGGAUCUCAAAUUCAAUAUGGCAGCAAAUUCUCACAAGGAUGCAUUAUUGGUGUUUAUUUGGACUUGACCCGUGGACAUUUAGAAUUCUUCCUAAAUCGUCGUUCUCUCGGUAUCGCCUAUACAAACAUACCAAUCGAUCCAAAUAUUCAAAUCUAUCCAAUGGUAUGUUCAACUUCUGCCAAAUCUGCCAUUCGUCUUAUUAAUUCAACAUCACAAUCGGAUUGUCUCCAAUUGAGAGCAUUUAAAGCGCUUUCCAAACAACCAACAAUGUUGGCAGAACUUAAAGAAAUGCCCGGUCUAAGAUCGAUAUUGAAAUCCUAUUGGUUCUUUGUACCACCGACAAGAUAUUCGAUUAGGUCGACACACAAUGAAUUUGAUUUGGGAGAUGAGGCAGUUUUGUCAUCAUCGAGACUUUCUCGAAAACAAAAAUUCAAAGAUGAAGAACCUGACAUAAAUGAUCUCUACACAAAUGCCCAUAAAAUAGCACUGCAUUCUAAGGAUAGUGAUGAUGAAUUUUCUGUUGAUGAUUUCUUUUAUUACUUAUUUUAAUAGGAUUAAAUUUUGUAUGUGACUUAUGGAUAACUAACUAUGCCUGCCAUUUCGAAGAAUUGCAAGCAAGCUAAUACAAUUAAAGAACAAGGAACAUUUUGUUUACAAA